AUCAUAUAUACUCCCUUCCUAUAUUGUUUCUCUGGAACUUUGAAAACGCAUGAAAUUUGAGAAACUCUUCAUGGAGGCUUCACUGCAAUAUAGUAACAAGAGAAAUGACUUAGAGGAAGGAGUAAUGCAUCUUAAAGAGAGACUAGAGGAAGAAGAAGCAUUGAGUAGAAGUUUACGGUCUGCUUUUGAUGGCUCUGUUGUUUCACUCCCAAGUCUCUCCUCAUUGUUUAUUCCACCACAGUUUAGGGAGAUUAUACAAGAACUUGCCUUAGUGGAGGCAGAGAUUCUUUGUCUAGACCGAAAAAUCGAGGAGCUGAAGCUUAAACUGUGCUACGAACAGAGACAAACGCAAGAGCUGACCGAACAGAAGAGGACACUAGCUAGACAGAAUCAUGUGAGACGCAAAAGUUUGCAACUAAGACAUGAUCUUCAACAACGAUCUUUUUCGCAUCACUAUCAACGUUCUGCUCUAGAUACUGUCUCUAGUACUCACUCAAGGCUAUCCUUCUCUUAUGCUCCUGAUUUCUUGGCUGCCACUUCUUCAGGUGGAUUCACAGAUGAAUAUGAUGGAUUAUCGAGACCACACAUGGGUAGAGUAAGAAAGGGGCUUAGGCUUGUGGAAGUGAAGAGCAAAGAAGACCCAAACGAAGUAUCAGAACAACUCAUAAACUGUCUCAUAAGCAUAUACUUAGAACUGAAUCAAGUUUCAUCAAAGACCAAAGGGGAUGUCGAGUUUUCGAGACGGCCUUCUUCUUGUAGCCGGAAAUCAAACACAUAUAGUCAUUAUCAGAAUGCAAUGAAUCUUGAUCCUUACCACGUCUUACCAGACUCAAGUGGGGGAUUCACUAGGGACAUUGGUCCUUACAAGAACUUCAUUCACAUUUCAAGAAGUUCCAUCGAUGUGACCAGUCUCACAUAUUAUUGUUCACCGGCUGUUCCACGCUUGAGUGUUUUGAUGGAAAAACUAUCAGAGGUGGAUUUGACUUUCUUGACCUACAAGCAAAAACUCGCUUUCUGGAUCAAUAUCUACAACGCUUGUAUCAUGCAUGCUUUUCUUGAGUAUGGGUUACCUUCGUCACACAAUAAACUACUUACCUUGAUGAAUAAGGCUUCACUUAACGUCGGUGGCAUAGUCCUCAACGCUUUGGCAAUUGAACAUUUUGUCUUACGGCAUCCUUGUGAACCAGAACAUGAUUCACUUGAUGAGAAAGAAACUCUCCUGCGGCACACUUAUGGUUUAGGAUAUUCAGAGCCUAACGUGACAUUUGCGCUUUGUCGUGGAAGUUGGUCUUCACCAGCACUUAGAGUCUAUACAGCAGAUGAGGUGGUGAAUGAUUUAGGAAGAGCAAGAGUCGAGUAUCUAGAAGCUUCCGUAGGUGUUUCCAGCAAGAAAAAGGUUAUUGUUCCACAGCUUCUUCAAUGGCACAUGAAAGAUUUUGCAGAUGAUAUUGAAUCUCUUUUGGAAUGGAUCUACAGCCAGUUGCCACGAUCAGGGAGCCUGAAGGCUAUGGUUAUGGAAUGUUUGAAAAGAAAAGCAAAAGUUCCUUUAGCUAAAAUGGUAGAGAUUCAAACAUAUGGCCAUGAGUUUCGUUAUCUAUUGUCAUUGUAAAUACUAGAAAGCCUUAUUUAGAUCAGAAUGACAAUGUUUGGGUAACUUCUCUCUUGGAUGCAAGGGCACCAUCAUCAAUAGUCUUUUUUUUACAUCCCAUCAUCAAUAGUCCUUCAACCAGUUUUGUA